UUGGCAUAGACCACAUGAGUUGGAAAGUGAUGAAGCUGAAGCUCUGCCGCACUGAGAAAGUUUGUUGGCUCCCUGGCAACGAGAUCCUCUGGAGGAGGCGUUGUUCCCUUGGGUGGGCUGGGCAAUUCUCCCUUUUUCUUUAUUUCCUUGUCCAUGAAAAUGCCUUCAAAGUGACUGGCUUGAUUCUUUUCCUUCACAAGGGCGUCUCCAUCCAUCAUGGGUUUAUAUCCCUUGUCGAGCAGCCUUUUCUUUUCAUCGUCUGUUGGGUACAAGUUGGGACAAUGAUAUCGGUGAUCGGUGGGUCGAAAGGGUCGAGGCCACCGACUGGUAUAGUAAUUCACACACAUGCUCUGCAGCCACCGGAAGGGAUCCCGGACCAUAAUGGCCGGCAUGACAUUUUCUGGUUUGGCAUCUUUUUGUCCUGGCACUGGGUGUGUUUUUCGAUACUUGGCAUCCUUGGGUGGUGUGUGCUUGCCAUACGGCACCUGGGCUCUCAUGCCAGUCUUUUUCCUUCCAAAUCGUUUUUGCUUUUUUGGCAAGACGCAAUUGUCUCUCAACGUGUCUUCUAGUAGAUUGGUUCCGGUAUUGAACAUGCCCGCCACGGCCAAGAACUUUCGGGCCAAUUCUUCUUCGGUGCCUUGAUUGAAUGCCUCGCAUUGAUCGUGGUUCAUCAAGCGUGGUUCUACUCCGUACAUGGACGUAAUAUUGCCCCACGACGGCAACUGAUGGUACGUUUCUUCGGAAAGAUACUCAAUUCUGGCAUUGUUGGAAAGUAAGGAGAGGAUCCUCUCCUUGUCGUGUCCUUCGAUCUGGGAGAGUUCCACAAAAUACUGCAUGGGUUUUUCAUCGGGAUCCUCGUCAUCCUCCUCGUCCGCCGGUGGUUUGGGUGGCAUUUCUUUUCUUUCCGAGCAAUCGACUUGUUGUUUGACCAGCAACGCCCGCGAUAACAUGUCUUUGUCUUUAUUGUUUUCGCCAUUGUCCGUGAUUCGAAAGACGGCACUGGCGACCCCGUAAUUGAGAAUUCCCAGAAUGACCACAAUGGCGCCGAUGGGCCACAAGUAUCGUGUGUGAUUUCGGAGAUUCUUGGCAAUGCGGAGUCUCUUUCGUGCCUCCUUUUUGACACUUUCCAGCAUCGAAUGCUUUGGUAGGGAUGGCAUGAUGGUCGUUUGUCUAUGGAUUAAGGUAGUUUUGUUUGAGUGUGGAUUGGAGUUUGUUGCUUUGCCAGAAAGUGGUUGCAGACAAAUAAAUUUCCGAAACGAUGACCCGUGAGGGGCAAAGAUGUCACACUUUGAUGACCCGACAAACACACUUUUUCCCGCUUUGCAGGUUUGAAGAACAACCAAUCAUGCCACCUUGGAUCUUUGUUGCGAGGACUGUCCUUGCGUCCUUUGAGUGUGUACCACAGCACACAGCCCUCCGUUUCCCUUCACACACCAACAACCAUCAUUGAGAGAGAGAAAGACUCAGCAGAAGGAGGAACCAAAGUAAAACAAAAGCAGAACAACAACAGUAAAGCAGUACCACGUAGCAUGCCGAAGAAGGACAAGAGCAAGAAGAAGGAUGCGACUCCUAUGUCUCCCGUGGAACGUCUCCAAGAGCUGUCGCUGUUGAAUCGCAUUUCCGAGACAUUGAAAGGUCCUUUGAACGGUCUGGAAGACAAGACGUUGAGUGAAUUCAUCUUGAGCGUCACUCAAAAGGAAGCGUCUUCUUUGUUGAAAAAGCGUGCCAAACAGGGAGACUCGCUCAUGUUCGAUACGCCGGCCAUUUUAGAAGUCGCAAGACAAAUCCAAGAAAAACUCAAACCCACCGAGUUGCCGCUCAGUACCUGUAGUACGCUAGUCGAACUCGUGCAGAGUGACUCGCCACAUCACAAACGACAGCGAGACAAGUUGCAACAAAAGCAAUUGGAAAAACAAAAGCAGCAAGGAGUCAAGACGGAAGAGACAACUAGCAAUAGUCGCUAUGUGGCGUCCAAUCCAACCGUCGAAACAUUCACAAAGAAAAACGCCUUUCCCGGAUUGGCCAAACCCAAUUUGGACAGUUCCAUUCCGCUCAAUGAGGGAGACUUUUUCGAACACGUCGAGGGAAAACGAAACAACAGCAACAGCAACAACAACGGUCAUAAUAAACGAUUCAAACACUCCGACCCCAUGGCUCUUUACAGCAUUCAUCGGGGCGUCAUUCAAAAGAUUAUGGAGCAUGGUGUAGUAGUACAGUUGCAAUCAACACCACCUUCAGAAGGAAUGGUCUACACCAACCAAAUCAGCAAACAACGCAUUGAUCAUCCCAGUCAAGCCAAAGAUGUCACUAUCAAACGCGGCAAUUCCGUAUGGUGCAAGAUCAUUUCCAAACAUCCCAAAUUGAUGUUAUCCAUCAAGGAUGUCGAGCAAAAAACGGGACGAGAUCUCAUGCCGCAUCGCAGUCAAGCCGCACUCGACAACAAUGACAAAAAGGCACCGUCGACGGAAGUCCAUCAUCCCGGAUUGGAUGUCGCUGCACUCAAACAACGAGAAGCCGAAGAAGAAGCCAAUCGUAUCAUGACGGAGCAAAUGAUGAAUGCAAACAAUACAACCAAAGAUAGUAGUGAUCCGUAUUCGUAUUACAGCAAUCCACGACACCAACCACAAGCACAAACACAACAAAGUCAACAACCAAAGGCACAACCCGUCAAACGCCGCAAACAACAGUUGACGGAACAUGAACUCUACGAAGCACAACAAUUGAUCCGAUCCGGCGUCUUGCCCGUCGAAGAGUAUCCCACGUACGAUGCGGCGGCCGGUGGAAUGUUGGCCAUGGAAGAAACCGAAGAAGAAACACAGGUCGAAUUGGCCGAAUACGAACCCGCAUUCCUCAAGGGACAAACACGACGAUCGGGACGCGUCGAUUUGGAACCCGUCAAAAUUGUCAAGAAUCCAGAUGGAUCGCUCAGUCGCGCUGCCAUGCAACAAGUCAGUAUGGCCAAGGAACGACGAGAACUCAAACAAGCCCAAGCCAAUCAGCUGAUUGAUAGCAUUCCGAAAGAUCUCAAUCGGCCGUGGGAGGAUCCCGUGCCGGAAGCGGGAGAACGACGGUUUGCGCAGGAACUUCGAUCCAUCAACUUGAGUAGUUUUGAAAAGGGAGAUGCUCCGCAGUGGAAACAAAAGGCGGAAAACAAAACGCUCAGUUACGGUAUCAUUUCCAACAAAUCACUCAAGGCACAACGAGAGAGUUUGCCCAUUUACAAACUCAAGGCGGAAUUGAUGGCAGCCAUGAUGAGCAAUCAGGUGCUCGUCGUCAUUGGAGAAACGGGAAGUGGAAAGACGACUCAAAUGACACAGUACAUGGUGGAAUUGGGAUUGACAUCUGUAAAUGGUCAAAAGGGGAUGAUUGGAUGUACACAGCCUCGUCGUGUGGCGGCUGUUUCCGUGGCCAAACGUGUCGCCGAAGAGUUUGGAUGUGCGCUGGGAGAACAGGUGGGGUACUCGAUUCGAUUUGAAGAUGUCACGUCACCCGACACCAUUAUCAAGUACAUGACAGAUGGUAUGCUCAUGCGAGAGUACCUGGCCGACAAUGAUCUCAAACGAUACUCGGUAUUAAUGCUGGAUGAAGCCCACGAGCGAACAAUACACACGGACGUGCUCUUUGGACUUCUCCACGAUCUUUGCCGCCGCCGACCGGAUCUCAAAAUCAUUGUUACUUCCGCAACCCUCGAUGCCGAAAAGUUCUCGAGCUACUUUUUUGAUUGUCCCAUCUUUACCAUUCCCGGACGAACUUUUCCCGUGGAGAUUCUCUACACCAAAGAACCCGAACCAGAUUACUUGGACGCGGCCAUGAUUACGGUUAUGCAAAUCCACUUGUCAGAACCAGCUGGUGACGUUUUGGUGUUUUUGACUGGGCAGGAAGAAAUUGAUACGUGUUGCGAAACGCUCUUCACUCGCAUGGAGGCACUGGGAGAUUUGGCCCCCGAGUUGAUCAUUCUACCAGUCUACUCCUCGCUGCCGUCGGAAAUCCAAUCGCGCAUCUUCGAGCCAGCACCGACAGGAUCUCGCAAAUGUGUAGUCGCCACCAACAUUGCAGAAGCAUCGUUGACCAUUGAUGGAGUCUAUUACGUGGUGGAUCCGGGAUUCUCCAAACAAAAGGCGUUCAAUCCCAAGUUGGGAAUGGAUUCGUUGGUUGUAACACCCAUCAGUCAAGCCUCGGCGAGACAGCGUGCUGGGCGUGCGGGAAGGACAGGACCGGGCAAAUGCUACCGAUUGUACACGGAGCAAGCCUUCAAAACGGAAAUGCUGCCCACGAACGUUCCGGAGAUUCAGCGAACAAACCUGGGGAAUGUUGUUCUUCAGUUGAAAGCAAUGGGCAUCAACGAUCUGCUGGGCUUCAACUUUAUGGAUCCGCCGCCAGUGGCGACGCUGGUGGGUGCCUUGGAGAACUUGCAUGCCUUGGGGGCCCUGGACGAGGAAGGCUUGCUAUCGCGAUUGGGUCGGAAGAUGGCAGAGUUUCCUCUCGAGCCCAGCUUGUCGAAAAUGUUGAUUCUCUCUGUGGAUCUAGGUUGUUCGGAAGAGAUCUUGACGAUCACGGCAAUGCUCUCUGUGGAAAACCCGUUUUACAGACCACGCGACAAACAGGCACAAGCCGACAUGAAGAAGGCCAAGUUCCAUCAAGCUGAAGGGGAUCAUAUAACACUCUUGACAGUGUACAAGGCAUGGGAGGCCGCCAAGUUUUCUUCGCCGUGGUGCUUCGAGAACUUUAUUCAGGCUCGGAGCAUGCGACGAGCACAAGAUGUUCGAAAACAGUUGGUAACAAUCAUGGAUCGCUAUCGUUUGUUGUUGCUGAGUGCUGGGAAGAAUUACAAGAUCAUCUGCAAGGCUAUCACCGCAGGAUUCUUCACCAAUGCAGCAAAGAAAGACCCACAGGAAGGAUACCGCACUCUUGUGGAUCAGAACCCAGUCUACAUCCAUCCAUCUUCGGCAGUUUUCAACAAGAAUCCUGAAUACGUAAUCUAUCAUGAACUGGUGCUGACGACGAAAGAGUACAUGCGAAACAUCAUGGUGAUCGAUCCCAAAUGGUUGACAGAAUUGGCGCCGGCAUUCUAUCAAAAGGCCGACCCCAACAAGAUGACCAAGCAGAAGCGACGAGAAAAGAUUGAACCUCUGCACGACAGGUUCAAUCCCAAGGAUUCCUGGCGUCUUUCAAAGCGAAAGGGAUGA